AUGCUCCCAAAGCUCGCGUCACUCAUCGCCCUCCCAGCAUUGGCUGCGGCCAACUGCAAAACCGCCCCUGGUGAUGCAGCUUGGCCUUCAAUCGAGGAGUGGUCGGCUCUGAACCAGUCCAUUGGCGGGUCUCUCAUUCGAACUUCUCCUGCUGCCUCUUCCUGUUAUGCAGGAAAUCCACUAAGUUCGCCGUACAACUGCUCCUCGGUGAAGGAUCACUGGUCCUACGCAGCCUACCAUGCCGCAUGGCCUGAAAGCAACGACUACUCCAUCUACAACAACAAUUCCUGCGUACCCCCAGGUGUCUCUGG